AUGGAUAACCACGAUUGCUUUCUCACCCCGCUUCAGCAGAAAUUCCUGCAAAUUGUAUGUUUCAGCGCUCUUUUUCUCGUCUCAUCAUAUUUUCCAGCUUUCGGAUUUCAAUAAAGACCCGGAAUCGAUGCAUAUUCAAGAAGAAUGCGGUCAACUGGAUGUGCUCACCUCGUACUUUCGAAUGCUUUUGCUCGAGAAAGCACGUCUCUUGCAGUACGGACAGGCGAACUUUGCCAUCCAUCUCAUUGAUGAAGGUGCGUGCUUCAGAAGGCACUUUCUCAAAAAAAGCAAUUUCGCUUUCAGAAGUUGGCCGACUCUUCAUGGCUCCAAUCUCCAUGUCCGAUGUCGGAAUUCUCGAAAAAUGCGGUCGUCGAUUCGUCGGUUUGGGUGCAGCUUCCGUCGAUUCGGAGGACUCGAUGCAUUCUGGCGACGACGAAGUCACUCUGACAGAGAGCAUCCGGAUUCCUGUCGAGACGUACCCCACCUACAACUUCAUCGGCCGAAUCAUUGGUCCACGCGGAAUGACUGCGAAGCAACUCGAGAAAGACACCGGAUGCCGCAUCAUGAUUCGCGGAAACCAUUCCAACAAGACCUACGGACAUUCGUCGCUAAAAGGAGACGCAAGUCAAGAGUAAAUGAUUCAAUCCAGUGAAAACGGGUUGUUCUUUUUCGAAUUCCCUUGAACGUGCAAGCCCUUUGCCAAUCUCCUCGCCAUCAAACUUCUUGCAUAAAACUCGUUCACGGCCCAUUUAUCUUUUGCUCGUUUCAGCUCGAUUGACUUGCCACUCCGCGUCAUCAUCGAAACGAGCGGACCUCGUCGUGAAGCGACUGCUCGUAUCUCGGAAGCGCUCAACGUCGUCAACUCUCUUUUGAUCCCUCCACCAGAUGGUCGUGACGAGCUGAAACGCAGACAACUCGUUGAACUCGCCAUCAUGAACGGCACAUAUCGACACUCGUCCUCCUCGAAAACCGACCACAACUAA